AUCAUGACCAGCAUGGCCUCUCUUCAAGGAAAGAACGGUUUUGUUGACGACGGAAGCGCUGUUAUAGAGCGCGUUCUUGAGGUGAAAAGUGAGAAGUUGGCUGCUUCCGUCAAACAAUUAGAAGACAUUUAUGAAAUUGAUAGAACCGUUAAAGUUUUACUGGACAACGGGUUUGAAAAGGUUGCUUUACAGUUUCCUGACGAAUUAUUAGCAGACUCCACUGAAGUUGCCACAGCUCUAAAAGAAAGAACCAAGAAAAAAAUUUUUGUUCUAGCAGAUACUUCAUAUGGAAGCUGUUGUGUGGAUGAGGUAGCAGCAAAACACGUUGAUGCAGAAUGCAUUAUUCAUUAUGGUCGUUCAUGUUUAAGCCCUUGUUCGCAGCUUCCCGUACUAUAUGUGUUCGGAAAGCAACCUAUCGAUCUAGCUCAUUGUUUAGAAUCAUUUGAUCAAUUUUUUAAGCAAGACAAGAAUCAGCCAUUGCUCAUUAUGUAUGAUGUUGUUUACUCAUAUUGCAUAGACGACUUUGUUCUUAGACUACGGAACGAAAGGAAUUUCAAAAAUAUCAUUCAAUCUUUCGUUAAAUCAGAAUUUAAUUUUUCAAAUAACUUAAAGGAUAUUUCAGCUCCAAAAAAUUCAGGGAGACAUUAUAUAUUACCCGAAAAUAUUUUAAUUGAAAAUUGUACAAUAUUUUAUAUUGGUUAUGAGAGUUUAACUUUAACAAACAUAAUUAUGACAUAUAACAAAUGCAAAGUUUUCUCAUAUAACCCGGAAAUACGGAUAGGAAGACUAGAGACUAUACAAGUGAAUAGAGCUUUGAUGAAACGGUAUUAUAUGAUUCAAAAAGCAAAGGAUGCAGAUGUUAUCGGGAUAGUUGUGGGAACUUUAGGAAUUGCAUCUUAUUUAAUUGUAAUAUCACAUCUCAAAAAAUUAAUCAUCCAUGCUGGCAAAAAGCCAUAUACAUUUGUCAUGGGCAAGCUUAAUGUUGCAAAGAUGGCAAAUUUUAUGGAAAUCGAAUGUUUUGUACUUGUAGCUUGUCCCGAAAAUAGCUUGAUUGAUUCAAAGGAAUUUUAUCGUCCAAUUGUGACACCUUUUGAGUUAGAAAUCGCUUUGAAUCCAUCAAGACAAUGGACAGGAGAAUAUAUUACUGAUUUUCAGCUCUUAUUAUCUUGUAACCAUUCAAACAUUGAAGAAGUAGGAAAGGAUGACGAUGAACCUCAUUUCUCUUUAGUUACAGGAAAAUAUAAGCAAAGUCGAAAAUAUGGCAUUAAAGGCGUAUCGGAAAAUAUUACAGAUAACAUGAAAGAUUUAACAUUACGUAAUCAAAACACAUCAGUAUCUACUUUAAUAAACAGUGCUGCAGGAGAAUAUUUUAAUUCAAGAACUUUUCAAGGACUUGAACAAAUUAAAGGAACGGAAGUACAAUUGGCUGAAGAAGGUCGAUCAGGCAUUGCUAAAGGCUAUACGGAUGAAGUUGAUCAUUUAUAAUCACAAGUAAAUUAAUAUACCGAUAUACUAUUAAAAACUUGAUAUACCGAUAAAAUUUUAUUUUCCCACUAUAUGUGAGGACAAUAUAAAUGAUAUUUUCUAAAAAUUUUUAUAUAUGUCCCAACAUAUCGUUAUAUAAAGGUUUG